GGCGUUCCCUGGGUGUUGUGGCCUCACCAGAGGAAACCUCAGAAAAAGCUACCGGCGGCACAGUCCAGGACUUAAAUGACCUCUUUUACGUUUUCCUAGGAGUGGAGAGUGCGUUUCAGUUACAGGCUACUUGAGUUAGGGAAGUUAUCUGGACGGCCGGAGGCCAAGUUCACACAUAGCAAAUAAAACUACUUAAUAGUUUCCCUUGGUCUAGCCAACUCCACCCCUAGGAGGGUUGAAGUUUGAACCUCAAACUUCAAACCCUGUGAACAAUUAAUUAAUGCUUUCCUCAAAUUGAUGACAUCAAGGCUUCCAAAGCUGGCGGUUUGUGCAAUUGGAGAAGCCCGUGAUUCAGAUGGCUUCCAGAGGAAAGACAGAGACGAGCAAAUUAAAGCAGAAUUUAGAAGAACAACUGGAUAGGCUGAUGCAGCAAUUACAAGAUCUGGAGGAAUGCAGAGAGGAGCUUGACACUGAUGAAUAUGAAGAAACCAAGAAGGAAACUUUGGAGCAGCUGAGCGAGUUCCACGACUCCCUGAAGAAAAUCAUGUCGGGAAAUAUGACUUUGGUGGAUGAACUCAGUGGCAUGCAGCUGGCUAUUCAGGCAGCUAUCAGCCAGGCCUUUAAAACCCCUGAAGUCAUCAGAUUGUUUGCAAAGAAACAACCAGGUCAACUUCGGACAAGGUUAGCAGAGAUGGACAGAGAUCUGAUGGUGGGGAAGCUGGAAAGAGACCUGUACACGCAGCAGAAGGUGGAGAUCCUCACUGCUCUCAGGAAGCUCGGAGAGAAGCUGAGGGAAGAUGAUGAGGCCUUCCUGUUAGCCAACGCAGGCGCUGCACUCAGCCAGUUUGAGAAAGUCUCCACAGACCUUGGCUCUGGAGAUAAGGUCCUUGCUCUGGCAGGGUUUGAGGUUGAAAAAGCCAAGAAAUGACAUUGCAGCAGUUUGGCUCCAUAAGCCCCAUCCUAACUGCACAUGGUGCUUUCAUCCUGAGGACUUGGAGGCAAAGAAAUAGAGAGUCUCAAAAUGCCCAAGAGCAGGUGACAUGACCAUGGUGUGGCUUCUGCUUAGGUCCUUCAUCCUGGAAGGUCCUCGUCCUUAUCUGUGUCGGGAUCCCUUAAAUGACCCUGGGCUUGUGGGGACAGGGGACCUGCUGGACUCAUUCUUAUGGGUUGUUUUCUAAGAUGCCUUGUGUCUUAGUGCUGACAGGAUUGAGAGCUGUCAGCUAGUGACUGUCUGAUUCUUGUCUGCACGCUUUGGGUGACCGGUACGGUGAUGUCACUAGCCUUCCUGUGUCUGUAGAAUCUUAGAAACCUUUUCAUUUUCACACAAGGAAACUGAGAUGUAGAAAGAGCAUGUGAUCUGCCUAAAGUCACACUGGGAACAGAGCUGUGGCUGUGGCUCAGGUGUCCUGACUCCUGGUUUUAUUUCCUUAUUCUGUACUGUUGUUUGUUUGUAAUUUUUAAAAAAUAAUUAACUUGUAUUUAUGCAAGUUGGCA